GCCUAUUGGCAUCUUUGGAAUAUAUUUUUGUGUGUAAAUUCGUGUGUUUCGUCCUGAGUCAUAGACCCGAUGUAAGUUUCUAUUUUCCAGCUACUUUAUCUCCCUCUAUCAAAGGGGUUUUUUUUUUAAACAAUUUUCCAGGAGCAAAAAAUGUUGCCAACUUUCACCCUCGAGCCACCGCAAAGUUUUCUUCUGACGCUUCACAAGCGAACGGACAUGCGCAAUAUGCCAUCACCGUCUUGUGGAUUUCGGAUAUCCCUUGGUUUGGUGGUGUUGUAGAUGUUGGUGCACCGAAACAUCGUUAGAAGGGACUGCUCAAAAUCUACAAAAAUACAAUGUCGUCUCACCAUAGGCCAAGUGUAAAGAUUGCACCAGGUGCAGUGGUAUGUGUGGAAGCAGAACUAAAAGGGGAUAUUACAGUUGGUGCACGCACUGUUAUUCACCCUAAAGCACGUAUCAUAGCAGAAGGGGGGCCAAUCAUUAUCGGAGAAAGCAAUCUUAUAGAGGAACAAGUUGUUAUCAUUAAUAAAAAACUAGAUAAAAAUGAGCCAUCUUCACCAAAGCCAGCUCCACAGACAAUGAUCAUCGGAGCCAAUAAUGUGAUGGAGGUUGGAAGCCGUUGCGAAGCUCUCAGGGUCGGUAAUAAUAACAUAAUAGAAUCCAAAGCUGUUGUAGGUCAUCAAACCGAGUUAUCCAGCGGUUGUAUUGUGGGGGCGUUUUGCCAGCUUACCAGCAGUGAGCUUCUUCCCGAGAAUACUGUUAUAUUUGGCGAGAACUGCAGUCGACGGCAGCAAGCAGAGAAGCCUCAACCUCAAACAUUACAACUGGAUUUCCUGAUGAAGAUACUUCCAAAUUAUCAUCAUCUAAAGAAGUCAACAAAAAUAAGGACAUCUUCAUCAUCAUCUGCCUCUGAAAAAUGAUUGCGAUUCUACAGUCCAAUAUGUAUUUAAAUCCCAUGCUAUUCCAUCGAUGCCAACAUUAAAUAUAGAUUAUUUCUCAAAGCCAGCCUUCGUACGCAGUAGAUUGGUAACUGAUGUUUGUUCGUUGCCAAUGGUUACACAUGCAAUGUGAUUGUGAUGGUGCCUGACGAUGUUCACAAGGAUAUUGUUGCAUUGGAAACAUCUCCAUUAUUUUCUGUAAUGGUUUACUGUUGCUUAAGUAUAAGCCAGCUGCAAUUAAGAUAUUGGGGUCUAUAACAAGGUGCCAAAUCAUUUUUUUUUAAACUUACUUAUUGAGUUGAUUGUAUUCAUAAGGUUUGUGUUGAAUUAAAGGUCCUAGAGUAUGACGUGACCAGGCAGGGGCUGCCAUGCCAAGAGCUGCCAUGUGAAUUGGACUGUGCAGCUGCCAGGCCCCCAACAAUGGGGUCAAGUGUCUAGGCACAAGUGAGGGUCUGGGCCCUGAAGUUACAGCAUUUUAGAUUUUUAUAUUAGAUCAAGGUGUUUUUGUGCAGUUAAAAGUUCCUGUUUAAGCCAUCACAGAGUUGAUGUCCAAAAUGGACAUUUUAUCAUUCAUUUUUCAAUUUGUUUUUAUCGUAAUGAUCCUAUUCAAACUAAUUUUGCAAAAAUGUUGUUUUAUUAGUACAGUACAGUAACUUAUUCAAGAGUUAUAGCAAAUAGAACUUGCUAUAGUAAUUAUUAUGUUAAUUGAAUCUAUUAUAUAUAAAAAUAUAUAUUUACGAAAUCUUUAGUGCAGUUAAUUCAUAAUAAUGUAUCGAAGAUUGAAAGAAUGUGCACCCCCAGAAAAAGUUUGCGCCUCCAUUAAAAUUCUUUUUGAGCAAACAAAUACACUCAAGUCAUUAAAAAUAAAUCUCAUAUAGCCUCAUACCUCCAGUUAGCACCAGUGGCAGCACCAGCGGUGGGGGGGGGGUGCCUGGGGCUUAAGCCUUUGAUCAGUCAAGCCCCCUCCACCGGCCGAAUUCAUCUGGCAGCCGGACCAAAAAAAAAAUGUAAAGAUAGGCAUAGAGUGCCAUUUCCGGCCAUCCAGAAUUUCCUAUUUUUUUUAAAAAUCUUAUUUGGGACUGGACAUCUCUCCCAAAUUCUCCCACUCCUUGGGCACUCAGACUCAAGCCCCCGUGUCAGACAGCUUAGCCCCACCCCUCCCCCCAGAAAAUGUAUCCUAGAGCCACCACUGGUUAGCACCACCUCACUUUUCCCAUUGUGCUCCACCAUGGUCGGGACUAUAGCCAGGCCUUUGUAUGAGGUAUGGGGAGUAGAGAGCUGGUAAUUUGGGGCCCUUUCUGCAUAAUAAUUGUCUUGAGGCUAAUUAUAGCCUUCCUAUAGAGGUUAUAAGAGGUGGGGGUGGGGUGUCAUAUAAGGUAAAGCAUUCUUUAUUUUUUUAUUUAUUUAUCAAAAUUUGAUACAUUUUAUUGUAUCCUAUUCAUUUUUGUUAUUGUUUUUAUUUUAUGAAACACUUUAGAAAUUAGUAUGUUGUAUUGAAUAUAAUAAAAGGCAAUAAAAAUAAAGAACCAUAGUCUUAAAUCUGUGACCUAAUGAUUUUUAUUGGAUAAUUUUUUCUUUAUUUGUUUAUACAGUAUGUUAUGCUUCUAUCUUUUUUAUUGAAGUGUUUGUGGAGUUCAAAAGUAAAGAGUAUAUUUGUUCACAAAUGCAUCCCACAUUACUUAAUAUAACAAUACACAUGACAGUUUGUUUUUGAAGAUAAUGAAAAUAAUCAAUAUUUUUUGUCUUUG